AUCGUGAUAUAAAAUGGUACAAAGAACGGCUGAAAUAUACAAAGUACUCCGUAAAUUUUUGAAAUUAAAAACUCCAAGUGUCACCUUGUUCACAUUAUGCUUACUAACAACCCCAUAAAAAUCCUCCCUUUUAUAAACCUCUAUAUUCCUUACCAUAACCAGAAAAACCUGCCCUCUUCAUCUGAUCUUCACCUUUUUUCCUCAAAUCUUAACCUCCAUUGAUUUCUUCCUUGAAAUACACAUCUUUACUUCUCACACAAACACUUCCCCUUAAUCAAAAUUUCCCCAAAAAGCUCUCAAAAACCGAACAAAGGCGAAAGCAAAGAACAAUUCCAACCACAACUUGAAUGGUAAAGUCCAUAAGCAACACCGUUUUUUUCAUGCCUUCUUUCCCUUCCUCAAACUCCUCAUUAUUUGCGUGCUCUACGCAACUGGCUCAAGCCAUCCACUCUUUCGUCGUAUUCUUAUUCCUUUCCUCUGCUUUCGGGACCUGUAAACAAGCCUGGUACUACCGUUGCCUCGGCCUUGACCCUUAAACUAAUAAUCAUAUCACCCCUGCAUACACAAUAUUUUUUAACGAUUCUGAACCCACACUUCUGAAUUCCUGGAUCGGAUACGCCACUGAUCCUACAUAACCCAUUAACCCUACUGUCCUUUACAAUUUCCCAACAACGAACAAAAAAAAAACUAAACUCAUAAGAUGUUCAGCUCAAAUAACAGCCAGAAGUACAAGAGUUGUACAAAGAAAGGCGGUAACUGUUUCGAGUGUCACAAGGAUAGCAGGUUCGACAACAAGCGAUUCUUGAUCAUUGUUAAUGUGUUAGGAAGUGCCGGACCGUUGAGGUUUCUAGUCAAUGAAGAAGAUCUUGUUAGUGGAGUUAUUGAAUCUGCUUUGAAAUUGUAUGCUAAAGAAGGUCGUCUCCCUGCUUUGGGUUCUGACAAUUCUAAAUUUCUCCUCUAUUGCGCCAAUUUUGGAUCUGAUGCAUUGAGCCCAUGGGACGAGGUAGGUUCGUGUGGAGCAAGGAACUUUGUGUUAUGCAAGAAGCCAGAGCAACAACCAAAUAUGACCGAGGCAAGAUCUCAUAUCAUUUCUAGAAAGGGAUCUGGGAAUUGGAAAGCUUGGCUCAACAAAUCCUUGACCUUCAAAAUAUCAUCUCAUUGAUUGAAGAUGGGUGAAUGUGUAAUCGUAUGUAUACAUUGAACUAUUAUUGUAACACAUAAUAAUAUAGACCAGAUUUAUAUGAUUAAUAAGAAAGUGUUUUGAGGUACAA